AUGGCCUUGCCUCUGCCCCAAGGCCUGGUGCCUUCAGAGGUGGCGUUUUUGUGCGAAAUGGAGCUCGUCACCGUCGUUCCGCGCCAGCGGCUUGAGAGCAUUGAGCUCCUCUCGGGCUCAACUCCCAGACUCCGUCCGCCUCACAGAGCCGAUCUGCCGUUCUGGCUCGCCAUUCUUCUCAAAAAACAACGACGCGCCAACAUCGUGCCUCCCGCAUGGCUCCAUCCCGACUCCCUACGCGAAAUCGUCACCUAUGAAACUGCUAUAGACGUCAAGGAUUGGGCUCCUCCUCCACCUCCUCCUGUUCGAGCCGAUGGUAGAGGCAAUUCUACAAGACUUAACCCCUACGAAGAUGGCGUGAUAUUGUCACCGCCGUUUCUGCCGUCCUGUACCGCUGCAGCCCCAGCUGGCGCGCUGCCCUACCAUUGGUUCGAAUUGGCCGAGAUGCUCCUCGCACAUGCUAGUGAUGAUAUUCCAUCAGCAUCUGAAGUUCGCUCCCUCUUACGAGAUCUACAAGAAGCCCGAGCCGCGAAGAUGAGAUCUAAAGUCACGCACCCUGAGAGCCACGGCGAAGGCGUCACGAGUCUCCGAGGUGUCGGGGCCAUGGAGUUGGCUGAGAGCAGAGGGUUUGUCACAGGAGUGGCCGAGGGCAUUCGGAAAAUUGGUGCAAGUGCUGAAACCAUGCGUCGUGAAGAAGAAGAGGAGAAUGGCCAGGAUAUGGAUGACGAUCUAAGCGACGACGACAUGGGACUUUAA